UAGCUGGCUCUUUCUUCCAAGCUCAAUGCAACUACACAAGCCUUUGUGUGCACUAUUCCAUCCUAUGUCCUUUCGUUUCUCAUACGUUUUGUCGUGCGUGCGCCGCGCUGCGCUAUGCGAGGAAAUUGUAUCGAGCAGUGCUGUUUUUAUUUUAGAGUGAACCUUCGAUCUUUUUCUGCAGACUGCAGUGAGUGAUCACGAUAGCAAGGGGUCUUUCUGCCAGAAGUUGAGUAGAUCCGUACAAAUUCCGGCUGGCAUCUUGUCUGUAGAGAAAGUCAAACGCUAAGACGAAGUGAAGUUCGAUCCUACGGUACAGAGUAAUAGUGGGCCGCAGCUAUGCGCGAGUGAACCGCAUCCGAAGCACAGAGAACAGCAAUUGGGCAAAGCUCAUCUUGCGCUGCCUUGUCAGUGAAGCAGCUGGGUAGAAGAUGGCGGCUGUGCACCCCGAAACGUUAUCCACGGAGCCUCUUCCGACGGGAUGGGAGACUCGUUACGACACGCGUACCAAUCGGCACUAUUUUGUGAAUCACGCCGACCACACGACGACUUGGGAAGAUCCAAGGCUGCGAUAUCCCCAACUGCAAAAUGGAAGUUACGCUAAGUACUAUCUUUACGGGAGCGGCAAGACGACGCCAGAUUCAGCAAUCAAGAGCAAAAUCUAUCAUGAUGACGUUAUUUCGAAUUGCCCACCGCCUUAUUACGGUAUGCUUUACUAUCCACCACCGUUGGCCCCACCCGCCUACACGGCAAAUGUGCAAGGCUCGCCAAGGGAUGGUUUCUACACGCCAGCUGCGCGAGCGAUGGGUCAAUAUUCACCAUUUUUUGGCAGUCCGAAGAGUCCACUUAGAUUCAAGAGUGAUAAUAAGAUCGUGGUGGACGACAAACUGCUGGCAAAACUCGUCGUGCAGUUUCCCACCGUGGAAGAAGGUCAUAUCUUUUCGCUACUUAAGCAGUACAACAAUCGGGAGAACGUUGUUGUUGGUGCACUUCUGGCAGAGGGAUAUCCUCGCGCACAGACGAACCCCUCGGGUCACGAGAAUGUGCCACCUAAACUGACACAAAUCGACGAAGCAUUACUGAGCAAACUGCACUCGUACUUUCCUAAGGUCGACACUGACUACAUUCGAAGUCUUCUGCACAAAUUCAACAAUGAGGAACAUGAAGUUACAAGAAUUCUGGUUAGCGGUCCUGAGAGCUACAACAUUCGUCAGCCUGUAUCGCACCAGCAAAGCCCGCUUGUUAAGGUCCGGUUUCUCAAAUUGCUCUUCCCUGAUGCCGAUGAAGCGGACAUAUAUCUUGUGCUGCAGAAUACGGACAAUAAUGCAACUGAGGCAAUGGAACAUCUUGAACAGCAGGGAUACAAAAAGCUCGAAGCGCCUCAACGAAGGCCAAAUGCCGUUCCCAAAGAGCCGCCCGUGCCACCGAGGUCGACGGAACUAAAAAGAGCCAAUAAAAAUCCUACGCCAUCUUUACCCGACCAAAAGAAAAUCAUCGAAAAACUAAAAGAGGAGUAUCCUAACAUCGACCCUCCGCUAAUCACCAUGGCUUGCGAGAGUGCCUCGUGGAUCGAGGAACGCACAAAGCACUUACUGGAGAGCGUGAAACCGACUGAAAGAGCUCCAAUGAGUUCGUCUAUGCAGGAUCUUCUCAAGGAGAUCUUGCCUCCUGCCGACGGUGUUGAAAGACCUCCCAAGUUGCCCGACGAACUUCGUAAGGCUGAUAAGGCAACAGCCACGUCACCAGAGGGCAAACCUGAAAAAACUCAUCGGGUGAAAUUCUUCCGAAGAAUAUUUCGCUUUAAUAAAGCGACAUCAACUCAAGAGGAUCAGCAAUGUCCUGACGCAAGCCGGCCUACAGUCAAAGGACCUGACCCUAAGAAUAUGAAAGGGCCCUCGAGCAGAAAUAUUCUAAGAGACUACAUGCCAUGGUUCGGCUCGAAUGCGUCAAAUCGCAAAGGUCCAGACAGCAAAAACGCUAAGGGAACCGACCAGACGAAAUUGGCCAAGGGCAACGAUCCCUCGAAAGCGAAAGGUCCAGAUGCUUCGAAGCAGCAAGGUACUAAAGUGAAGGUGAAAGGAUCGCAGUUCUCAUUCUUUAAAAAAAAGGACAAAGAAAAGCACGGAAGCACCACAGCAGGGGCCAAUUGCCAACGAGUUAUAGAGGUACAGUAAUCGACAGCAGAGGCGAAAGG